ACCAUUUCACAUUUACACACACACACACACACACUAUUUUUUCUUUUUUCCUUUUUCUUCUUUAACAUCAUUUCCCCCAAAUUCAACAACCCCCGAAACCCUAAUUUCCCAAAAAAUCCCCAAAUUUCAUCGUCAAAAUCAAAACCCUAAAAAUCAAUCCCAAAUUCCCCAAAUCCAACAAUCAAUUCCCCUAAAAAAACUCUCAAUUUUGCAGCAGAAAUUCAUCAAAAUCAAAUGGGUAGGGGCUGUAUAGAAUCAUCAGCAUCAUUAAAGUCACCAUCUUCCUCAUCACCCACAUCGUUAUCAACGUCAUCGAAGUCAAUCAACGAAACGGUCAACGGGGAACACGAUUUCAAGAUUUCGGGUUAUUCGUUAUCGAAAGGGAUAGGAAUUGGGAAAUAUGUGGCGUCAGAGACAUUUAUGGUCGGUGGGUAUUCAUGGGCGAUAUAUUUUUACCCAGAUGGAAAGAGUGUUGAGGAUAAUGCAGGUUAUGUUUCAUUGUUUAUCGCUUUAGCGAGCGAAGGAACCGACGUUCGGGCGCUUUUCGAGUUGACUUUGAUUGACCAGAGUGGGAAGGAGAGACAUAAGGUUCAUAGUCAUUUUGGUAGAGCUUUGGAAAGUGGUCCUUAUACUCUUAAGUACAGGGGUAGUAUGUGGGGCUAUAAACGAUUUUUUAAAAGAACUGCUUUGGAAUCAUCAGACUACUUAAAAGACGAUUGUCUUCAGGUUCAUUGCUGUGUUGGCGUUGUUAGGUCCCAUACGAAGGCUCCUAAGUCGUACUCUAUUCAUGUACCACCUUCGGAUAUAGGUCAGCAUUUUGGGCAGCUUCUGGAAUGUGGAAAGGGAACCGAUGUUUGUUUUGAUGUGGAUGGAGAAAAAUUUGGUGCCCACAAAUUGGUUCUUGCAGCCCGCUCACCUGUUUUUAGGGCUCAACUUUUUGGUCCAAUGAAAGAUCAAAAUGUCCGGAGGAUCAAUGUUGAGGACAUACAAGCCCCCGUCUUCAAGGCAUUGCUUCAUUUUAUAUACUGGGACAGCCUGCCUGACAUGCAAGAGCUUACGGGUUUGAAUACAAAAUGGGCAUCAACGUUGAUGUAUCAACAUCUUCUUGCUGCGGCUGAUCGAUAUGGUUUGGAAAGGCUUUUGAUGCUAUGUGAGUCUAAUCUCUGUGAGGAUGUUGCCAUCAACACCGUUGCUACAACAUUAGCGUUGGCUGAACAGCACCAUUGUCUCCAGUUGAAAUCUGUGUGUCUGAAAUUUGUUGCUAUGCCUGAAAAUCUGACAGCCGUGAUGCAAACAGAAGGGUUCGACUACUUGAAAGAAAGUUGUCCACAUGUUUUGACUGAUCUCUUGGAGCACGUGGCUAGAAUCAGUGAGCAUUCUCUUGCCAUAUCCCCUCACUCAAAUGCAAUAAUGAUUGAUGGAAGUGAUGUUCAUGGUAGAAGGGUCAAACCCAGAUUAUUGUAAUUGUAGAGCUUGUCUAGCCGUAGGAAGUGUUCUAUCAACUAGUGCUUUCUUUUUCACUGAUGUAUUGGCUUGUUGUGAGAAAAGAUUUUAAAAUUCUUCUAGUUUGUGUUUCAUAUUCUGUUGUUACCGAGUUUUAUACAUAUAUUGUAACUUGACCUCUGGAAUCUGCAUAUAUGCAGGAACUAAUUCAUCGAAUAUUCUAUCUACUUUUCCUUCA